CCGAGAAGUCAGACUGAGUUCGAAACGGUCAACAGAACAAGAACCCACCAAGAACCCUUUCAUCAGAUCGUCCCAACGAACACUCUCGUUAUCAUAUAUAAGCCUCUCCAGAGCGAACCGAAAUGAGUCGACUGACGCGUACCAGAUCCACUUUCCUCAUGUCGCAACAAGAGGGGGAGACCCCCAACCCUCAACAAUCAACAUCUCAAUCCUCAGAAUCUAAUAGCAUCCCCAACCGACCCAUCAGGAUGAUCAAAACACGAUCCAUGUCAUCAGCUGCCAACCCAAAACCAACCACGAUCGCCUUCGGUGGUCACGUACCUCCCAAGCAAACCACAGCACAACCUAAACCAGCCACCAAACGAAACCCGAAACUCACCAAAGUCAAUCCACCCACAGACGAUCAGAAUCAAAAACAACAGCAAUCAACCUCUGAUCGAAGACCAACCACCCGCCAAAGAGCUAACCCAAAACCAAAACCAUCAGCCAAGACCUCCAACAAGUCACCUGUCGUGUUGAUCGAACCCAUAACGGAGAGCAAUCAGUCGAAAAAGGCAGUCAUUCAACCCACCAAUCUACCCUCUCAACAUACUUCCACUAGCCCUCAAGCACCACCACCCCAGCCCAUCGUCAUCGUUCCCAGUCUAUCUCCUCAAACUGCCUCUACCAGCCCUCAAACCGCACCGACACCUACAGUGAUCAUCCCUAGUCUACCCUCCAUCUCAAAAUUAAAGGCUCCUCAAAAAAUACCUGUUUCCGCCCCGAAAUCUCUUUUGUGUGAUCCACCGAAAGCAUCUUGUUCUAGCACAUCCACAACCUUACCGCCGGCUGACUCUUUAGACCGGUCCUCUCACUCACAUCUUCCACGUCUCAUACCCCCGGCGAAAGUCAACGAAGAACGUCCCAGGAAACGUUUGUUCGAAGAUGUUGACAAUAGUUCCAAUGAUAUAUUCUCAUUUCUUGACCAUAAACCGCAACCCAAGAAGCCCGUGAAACCGGCCACCAGACAAGUCUUUAAAACUGCACAGUCCGCUUUCCUCAAAAACGCUCAGAGCACUUCUCAAGCUCAAGCAGCCAAGAACAAGCAUCGGGUCUUGGCUUCAACUAAGUUGCUUACCGGAGCUCAACCUCAGGCGAAAAAGCUCAAAAAGACUCACCUCGAAUCAUCCUCAACCUCUCUCGAAUCCCAGAUUUCAGGAACCUUGGCGCAGAUUGAAAAACUUACUGCCGCACCUGGGAACUCUCAGCCCCAGCCGUCUUCAACAUCUCAUCAUGAAUCUCAGCUUGUUACUAAUUCAUCAACGCUUCCAACAACCGAGUCAAACGAAGAAAAAGAUCCGUCCCCUCGAGCAACUCCUAAUCCGAUCUCACCUCCGCUCGAUCAGCCGGUCCCUAGUUCCGAGGACGAGCAUGAACCAGCUUCUCAAGAUUCCCAUUCAUCUCUUCCUGUAGAAGUCGGCCUUGGAGAACAACCACCCUCCAACCCGGCUGCUACUCAUCUACCGUCUCCUGUUAAGCGUGCAUUUGAGGCUACCUCAAUCCAACCCCUUCCUCCCACCCUCUCCCCUACAACUCAUCACACAACCCUCCUCGAUCCAUCAACCACUCCGACUCAAGAGAUCAGUGCCGAUGCGAUCGAUUUUCUCAGUCCGAAGAAACACGACAAGCAAUCAUCUCAGCCUGAGACCAAUUUGCAUGAACGCGAUAAUCAAGCUCCCCGGACUAAUGGUACCUCAGAUCUGGAACAAGAUCUUCCACACACCUCUCCUCCGCCAGCAGCGAUUGUCAGCGAUCACCAAGACAGCAACGAUAAGAAUGAAGAUCGUGGUUCUCAAUCAUUUUCAAACGAAAAUACCGCUGUACGGACUACUGAUUCUACGAAUGACGCUUCUGUCCAAGUGCAAAAUAUUCCUGCUCACCCGACGCCCCCCAACCACUCCCUAAGUCUCCAAAGUGGAACCUCUGAGCUACCCGGUUCGUCGGUCAUUCCACCAGACCCAUCAAUCCAAGCUAGCACAACUUCGGAUACAGAAUCUAUAUCUCCGCAAUCUUCCAGUGAUCCUGUGGAACCACCAGUACAUUCAGAUGAAGUAUUGCCGACAUCCGUGGCACGGGAUAUUACACCGCCACCGAUCCGUGCUGCAACCCCAGAGCCAAACAUCGAAGUAGAAUCUACGACCCCGAAGCCAUCUCCAAAGUUCAUACCCACACGGACCAGUCCGAUCAAGUAUCCCACCCUACCUACUUCAAUACCUAUUAUGAACCCUCAGCCAUCAGCUCAAUCUGAAGUACCUCUUCCUGGGUCGACCACCCAUCAGCCUUUGACAAGCAGGUUAUUGAUCGAGCAAGCGGCCAAACGGCCAUCGAUGCUACCAAGAAAGGCAUUGAAACCCAGCAUGGGUACCAGUCAACCAUUAACAUUCAACGUCAUCCCCAGCCUCGAUGCCAUCAUUGAAAACUCACCCGAAAAGAAACCAGUGCGUGAUGCCCUCAGCGCCGCGUCACUUAAUCGGCCCCGAGGGUUUGGCGCGCCGUCGAGGAUGUUCUUGGGCGGUGGGAUGAAAUCUAAAGCCGAUGGAAUCUUCUCACGACCUCCAGCAGGUCCGAAUGUCCGCUCCAAUGGCGCCAGCGGAGGAUCUUCUAGUGGAGCUCAACUUCACCAGGAGCUUUUCAGCACUGUUGGGCAGCAGGGUCAAGUAGAGGGAACCAAAGAGUCGGAGCACUCGAACCAGAGCGUCAAAGAAAAUGCACCCGAAGAAGAUGAUGCGUCGGUUGAUACCUCGACUACUAGCAUCGCCACCCAUCACUCCUCCACAACGGACUCCUCCAUGACUAGCUCUAGUGAACCCAAUCAGCCUCAAUUCUCGGGCAACAUUUCGCUAGACACUCAAGAUCGACUGAUGAAACUACAGAAUAUGUUGACAAAGAUGGGCCGAUCGGAGACUGCGCCCGGAGCUAGUAGCGCUUCUUCGGACCGAGCGACCCAUCGCGCUCGAUAUAGGGAGUACGAAGUCCCGUUGAAAGACGAGCCGGAGGAAACCCGGGCCGAUCGUUCUAACAACACUGCGAUCAACUCUAGGAGUAGACGUAGGUCAUCCUCCGUCCCGCUAAAUUACGCGGAAGACAACCUCUCCAGAUCUGUCUCUCGAGCCCACAACCCGUCCGUCCGUGCCCAGCCAAAAGCGGGCCCUCCUGCCCAACGAAGAGCCAGCAACAUCCUUCCCAGCGUCAGACCAGACAUUAGCUCUCCGGGCCAAGGCUCUUCAGACUCGUCUUCAGGACCCUCAGCCUCUAAGGAUCGCUUAUCCGCUUCCGUUUCCGCUGGCAUCAAUCCUGGAAACUCUAACGCUACAAAGAAUGAUAGAGCCAAGAAAAAUCUUGCACCCACACCCCUCAAAGAUGUCGUCGCUUUUGUUGAUGUUCGGACCCGUGAAGGUGACGAUGCUGGAAAGGUAUUUGUGGAAAUGCUGAAAGGAUUAGGUGCCAAAGUGUUAGGAAGACUGACAUUCCCGCUAACACACAUCAUAUUCAAAGCAGGAAAGCCGACGACGCUGGACAAGUACAUGCACCAUCCACGGCCGAAGCCAGCGUUAGUGGGUAUCGGAUGGGUGGUGCGGUGUCGUGAGAUUGUUGGAAAAGCAGAAGAGCGCCCGUACGCGAUCGACAUCUCCUCCGCGCAGGCGCUCGCCUCCUUCAACCCCGACACCUCUCACCACACCGCACUCCCCUCGGGAGGACCUAUGAAUCUCGCCGGCCAUAACGCUCCCACUGGAAACGCUAAUCAUCGCAGGAAAAGCAUGGAACCUAAGGCGCUCUCGUUGCUCAACUCUGGCCUCCAAAUAAACCAGACCUCUUCUUCUUCCUCAUCUUCUUCGACUACGAAUCCCACGUCCAAUCCGGACUCUUUUGCUACUCGGAACUCACUCAGUCAAUCGUGCAUCAGUAAACCGAUGACUAGCACUGGUAGUAUUCAUUCAACGAACGCCGGACCCCAUGAGGAUCCUCAUCAUGUCCUGGCUCAAUCGAUCGAAAAGGCGCGGAGGAAAUCGCUCCAGUUCUUGCCCAAAGUCGGCAGUCCGUUGGCCAACAAACUCUUCCUUCCCGACGCCCAUCGAUCCCAGGACCCCGACGGAGACCCAAGCCACCCCGCAGCAGGCCCGUCUUCGCCCACCCCCUCCUAACCAUAUCUUCCUCAUCACCCUCAUCCCCCUUCACUUACCUUGCAAUGACACCCUUUCCUUCUAGACUUGUAUGUGUAUAUAUAUACAUAUAUCUUUAUUUUUUUUUUUCCUUACUCAUCUUGUAUUCAUUCUCUUUUUGUUCUUUCUUGCUCUUCAAAUACACCCAAUCUUCCAUGCAUCCCUACGUUGUUUUUUACUUGUAUAUGUAUAUUGUCCUAUUCUGCACUUCUAAUAUCCUUCCCAUCCUCUCACCAUGUGUACACAUGUGUGGUAGGAUAUAGAUGUACUCAUGUAUGCAUAUACAUAUAAUACAUUAAUCCUUUGGUUGACUGUUCAUCAAACUCACUUCAAUCAAUUUCGCCUUGUUUUCUUGUCGUCUGUUUGAGUUUUUCUUUGUGGGAAAUGUUGGAUGGAUCAGAUAAUCUGACUCACACACACAAUAUCUUGGGGGCUUUUAGUGAGAAAUUAUAAAUGCACAUUCUUUUAGAGUUUGAUGAUUUCUUUUUCCUUCUUCGUCUUUGUUGGAUGAUGUAUAUGUAUUAUCAGAAGGAUGAGUACUGUACAACCAAGCAAUCAUGAUCGUAAUAUUGGCAACAUCUCUGUAAUCAACACUAUACAUGUUUCUACACAG